CUUCAAGUGGUUGCUCCUCAAGGGUACGCGCCCGGCUAAGUGUUCGAACGAGAAUUGUGCUUUUGGGCACUCGUUGCCUCCGACGAAGGAGGAAGCAGCAUCUCUGAAGGGAUUUGCGAACAAGGCGUUGGCCGAAUGGGAUGUUGAUGCUGAUUUUAGUGGAGAAAGUGCUUCAGCUGCUGAGGCUAAUGAGUAGAAUGCGAAAAUUUCACUACAUGACUGAAGUCGAAUCGUUGUUGUUUGUUAGUAUGUUGAUGGUCAGCUUGACGUCGGCUAGAAUGAUGUCGUUUACAUGUGCCUCUUUUAGUUUGAUCGGAGAGUGAGCCAGAUUCUUGAAAUCGUGUGACCACUUGUAUUUCAGUCUCGUUUCAUUCAACAUCGUCUUCGGUGGAAACCAUUGAUUGCUGGCAACUCGUUUGGUAGUAGUCUGUUUUUAUUGGAAGCUUAUGAUCGUAAAUGUUUGGAUGUCGAAUUUUGUCCUCUCGAAGAGUGUAGAUUAGUAGCACUUCAGACAUAACAUGAGUUCAGUUUCUUAAAAUUUUUUAAUCAUCUCUGAAAGUUUUACUUCUCGAAUGUGAGUUUUUCUCAAAAUUUAGGAAGUUUGGUGAAGAUGGAGUCUAAUCAUGGUUGCUCCUCGACGUUGUCGUCAAAUAAGGUUGGAGGUGGUAGAAGUUGUAUAACUAGUGGCAAUUCUAGUUCUAGUAACUUUUCUGCUUGCCAGUCACAUGGUAGACAAUUGCUCGAGUCGAGUAACGGCAGUUUUAUCGAUUUUUCAAGUAUUUGCGCGAUUAACCGUGAAGGUAGUGCAUCUUCUGAAUUCAGACGUUUACCAUUUUCACAACCUUCGGGCAAGCAUGGGAUUCGUGUUGUAGGAGGUUUGGUGCCGAUUGCGCCGAUGAGUACUAGCCUUGGCACUUUGACUGCGCAGGACGUUCUAGCUUCGCAAAACAACGAGACGCUUUUUCUUCGGUUUAAAGCGCUCGCGGUGGCACAAAAAGAGCAAUCUUUCGCCGCUAAUGUUUCGGCUCAUGACAAAUUGAAACUUCUGGCCAGCUAUGGGCCGGUAAAGGCGCGG